GCCGAGAUGCCGGAGACAGCGACCACCUCCCAGCCGGAGGACGUCCAGCUGUCCGGCCGCAAUGCGUCCGAGGUCUGCGCCAGGUUCGACAGCGCCCUGGCCUCGGGCAGCCACCGCAGGGAGAACUCCGCCUUCGUGCCUGUCAUCCCGUCCAGGAACGUCCGCUCGCUGCUCUACGCCAGGGAGAUGCACCCGUUGAUGGGAUCGGAGCUCAGGCACGAACAUCACGAUAGGUGUGACAGUGAGAGAAAUGGCGAUAAACCCCCGAAUUUUCCGACCGUCGGGAAAUCCAAUUCCAGCUUCGAGCUGAUGGCAAUGAUGAACGACAAACGGAAGGAAAUGCACCAGUUCCGCGACGAAGCCGCCCGUCUGACGGCCGCCCACGCCCUCAUGCUGCCCCAACACCGCGCCGCCCUUCUCGACGCCACCGCCUCGCAGGCCGCCGCCCACCCGUACCCCGCCUUCCUGGCCCCGCCCGCGCCCGGAGCCCCGCCCUCUUUCCCCUUCCCGCCGUUCGCGGGAGGCGGAGCGCCGCCCAUGCACGCCCACCUCGACAGGCGGUUGUUGAGGACGCCCGCCAGGGCGGCGAGGCCGAAGAAGCAGUUCAUUUGCAAGUACUGCAACAGGCAGUUCACCAAGAGUUAUAAUCUGUUGAUUCAUGAGAGGACGCAUACUGAUGAGAGGCCGUAUUCGUGUGAUAUUUGCGGGAAGGCUUUCCGGAGGCAGGAUCAUCUAAGAGAUCACAGAUACAUCCACAGCAAAGAGAAGCCGUUCAAGUGCGGCGAGUGCGGCAAAGGCUUCUGCCAGUCGCGCACCCUGGCCGUCCACAAGAUCCUCCACAUGGAGGAGUCCCCCCACAAGUGCCCCGUGUGCAGCCGGUCCUUCAACCAGCGGUCCAACCUCAAGACGCACCUGCUCACGCACACCGACCACAAGCCAUACGAGUGCAACGCUUGCGGCAAGGUGUUCAGGAGGAACUGCGAUUUGAGGAGGCACGCGCUCACCCACGCCGUGGGGGACGUGCCCGGCGACGGCCUGGAGGAGGGGGAGGAGUUCCAAGGGGGGGCUGCGAGACCGCCGAGCCCCGGGCCGACGGACAAGGACGAGAAGUGCUCCAAAACGCCGGAGAUAACUAGGUGCCACGAACCUUGCUCGUCCUCCACCGCCUACUCGAUGCGCCCUCCGCUCGACAAACCCUUCGACCUCGAAGACGACGACGACGACGAUCUCGACGACCUCGACGAAGACCCGGAAAUCGACCCGGGCCAAGAGGACUACCCGGACGCCCACGCGGAACCCUCCCCCCUGCCCCAAAUCCACAUCAGACGCGACCUCCACAAACCCCCCGCUCAAACGUCGAGUCCCUCUCCCCCAGCAUCUUUGAGCGUAUUCAGGAAGCGCGCUUUCGACCAGGACCGCUUCAAGUUCUCGUACGACCCGGGCAGGAGUCACGCGCCUACCGCGCACGCGCUGCCUGCCCACACACAGACUGUGAGUGCCCACGCGCUGGCUGUGCCUGCCCACACACAGAGUGUGAGUGCCCACGCGCUGGCUGUGCCUGCCCACACACACACGGCGGCCGCCCAAGUGAUGCGCGCGCCGUUCGUCGGGCUCGGCAAGCCGCCCGAAGCGAUGUUCGGGCAGGCGGGGCAGUCGAAGGGGGGCGGGGAGAGCGGGGAGGUGUGUCACGUGACGGAUUUGAGUAGGGGCGAGAGGGGGAAUAGAGGGAGGGAGGCGAGUCCGCCGCCGCCACAGCCGCCGCCGGCUAGUAGGAAGACUGGAUUCACUAUAGCAGAUAUAAUGGGGAGAUGA